CAGCUCUUCCCUCCCCCAGGUCUCUCGCAGACCGGCGAUCAAAUCAAUUCACUGCUCAUAGUCAGCAACGGCCCUCGGACGGAGAUCUGCCCUCCGUGACUGAUUGUUAUCAAAUCAUUCCGCCGAUACUCGUUCCCUGCCCCGGAUUUCACUCGGGGCACGCACUCGUCGCGUGCUUUUACUUUAAGAGCUUGAGCUUGGAGCUUAGUCUUCCCCGGUUCCCCGACCACCACCCCUGCUCCUCUUGCGACACUAGCAAUCACUGCCUCCUCUUCUCCUCUUCCUGCCCCUCUUUCCAAUUCAACUUGUCCUCUUCUCUUCAUUUAUCCACCUCUCCCCACUUGUGACUAUCCUUCUUAAGUUCUUCAGUCCCUUCAGUCGUCUGAUUUCCACUUCCCCACAACCCUCCAAGGCCCUGGUCCUUGCCACCUCCCUCCCUUCCCAUUUACAACAACCGAGGAAGCUCUCUUCCUCUUCUCUUUACCUUCCUACGAUACUCUCAACUUAUCCUUGUUCCCCUCCUUCCCUGUAUUAAAUCCAUUCUAUCCUUCUCCUCGAUCGCACCUUCCACCAUGCUGGGUCCGCGCUUCAUCCGCUCGGCAACCGCCUCACUGGUGCGGCCCUUCAGCUCCUCCGUCGCGGUCUACCGCGCCCCUUCCAUCAGAGACCUCACGGCCGAUUCGACGGAAGAGUUCAGUCGUCGGCAGAAAGAAUUUCGCGAGAACCUCGAGGAGGCCCGCAAGAGAAAAGAACUGCAAGAGAGUCAGUCCGUCGCUGCUUCUGCUUCUGUCCCCUCAUCCUCAUCCUCUUCUUCCCGUGAGUCCGCUCCCACUGCUCCGCAUGUGAGCAAUGCGAGCACUUAUGACCGAGUUCAUUCUGCUUUUGAUGCAGCUGAGACUCUUGACCAUACGGCAUUGGGCUCACUCGCCAUGCACCGUUAUCUAGGAGAAGAACAAGCCGCGGAGUCUGCGUCCAAGCGCGGGCCUUUAUCCUCGCUGAUUUACGGCACCAAGGAAGGCCAACAUUUCGACAAGGACAUUGAACGGUCUUUCUCGCAGGUACUGGCUCGCGGCAAGUACGUCCAUUCGAUUGUGUUCCAUGAAGUCAAGCCCGACAAGGUCGACGAGUAUGUGGAGCUGGUGGGCCAGUGGUAUCCCCGCAUGGCGGGCACCGAGGAAAACCGGGUCAACCUAGUGGGCAGUUGGCGCACGCAAGUGGGCGACAACGACACCUUUGUUCACAUCUGGGAGUACCAGCGGUACGAAGGAUAUCAUGCCUCUUUGCACAACAUUGCUAGUCACCCCGAGUUCCCGGCGUUCGAUCGUAAGCUCAAGAGCUUGAUCAAGAGCAAGAAGACAUCGCUGAUGCAAGAGUUCUCGUUCUGGCCCACGACUCCACCUCGAAAGCUGGGUGGCUUGUUUGAGCUCCGAUCGUACACUCUGCACCCAGGCAACCUACUGGAAUGGGAGACGCACUGGCGUCGCGGUCUGCAUGCCCGUCGCGAGGUGAUGGAAGGAGUGGGCGCGUGGUUCGUGCAGAUUGGUGACCUGAAUACGGUCCACCACCUCUGGCAAUUUGCGAACCUGGAGGAGCGCAAGAUCCGCCGGGAGCAGUCGUGGGGUGUGGAAGGGUGGGCUGAAACGGUGCACAAGACGGUUCCCCUCAUCCAAAGCAUGCAGAGUCGAAUCCUAGUGCCGAUGCCCUGGAGCCCCGUCGGUUAAUGUUGGCCGACCCUGUGGGAACCACCAAAGCAUGGAAACGGUGGAAGAUUUUCCGUGGCCGCUUUCUUUCCCCACGUCUAUACUGUCUCUCUGCAGUAUUACGUCCUCUGUCUGGUUCUUUCUAUCAGGAUCUUUGGGGUUCUGCAGACCCCAGAUUCUUGCACGAUGGCCGCGGCCCUCCCGCGCAAACGUGCCCAGUUGUAUCGAGGAUGUUGAGAAGUCUGGCGAAGUUAUUCCCGCUGUAGGUCUAUAGUUCUGUAUCAUGUACCUAGGCAUGGGGCAUCAAUCCAAGCAUACAUUAUAUCCUCCAAAUUCGAGUCUUGAUCUUGCCGCUUU